AUGAACACCAUCGAGAUUCCAACGUGCAAUAUUAAUAAACAAUUUAAUAUGGUAAAUGUUUUGAAAAAAUGCAAGCUCAUAAUUUGGGAUGAAAGUCCAUUGUCUCAUAAAAAAGGAUUUGAGGCUUUAAACAACUGUCUGAAGGUUCUAAGGAAUUCGAAUUUAUUAAUGGGAGGAGUCACAGUACUGCUAGCUGGAGUUUUUCGACAAACUCUACCAAUCGUACCCAGAGGAACUCGAGCUAAUGAAAUCGCUGCAUGCAUCAGGUCUUCAUAUUUGUGGCCAAAAAUAGAAAAAUUUUCUUUGACCAAAAAUAUGCGAGUACAUUUAAAAGGAGACAAGACUGCUGAACAGUUUUCUGAGCUACUCUUAAAAAUUGGAGAUGGAAAAUAUCCAGAAUGUGAAGAAAAAAUUACUUUGCCGACAGGAUUAAGUACCAUUGUUAAUACUUUACAAGAACAUACAUACAAAAUAUACCCCGGCAUCGAAAACCUCAAAGAAAUAUCAAUGGACUGGUUAUGUGAAAGGGCCAUUUUGACAUCAAAAAAUGAUACGGCAGCAGAAAUAAACAAUAUAUUAUUGGGCUAA